AUGUUCGCCAGAACAGCCACCCCUCCGAACAAGGCCCCCAUGGCCACACCCGCCGUCUGCAGCGGAGCAGCGGCCCCCGUCCGGAAGAUCGAGGUGCGCGCCUCACUGCUGAUAGAGCUAGCCCUCGAUGCGGCCGAGCUGGUCAGCCGCCCGAUCUCUGACGUGAUGCCCGAGCGGUCGGCGCCCGUCGCCGUCACGAGCUCCGAAGUGAGUCUGCUGAGCUCUGAGCUGGCCUGCGAAUAUACAGAUGAGAUCUGUGAGCUGGCCUGGGACUCGAUGGAGGAGAAGCUCGAGGACGCGGAGGACACCACGGACGAUAGCAGGCUGCUAGUCUGGGUCGGGAGCCCGGGCUUGGCCAUUCUGGUCGCAUCCGGGGGUGGUGGGCUGCGGGAUCCCGGGAGUGGUCUCGCCGCCGCCUACCGGUACGGUCUGCGUGACAACCACGGUGCAGGUUUUCUUCCCGAACCAGUCCCACCAUGGCUUGCCAUCACGGGUGCAAUCGCAGUCAUCGCCUAA